AAGGAGCCCCUUGGGGACACUGGGGGAGGUGUCAGUGACCCCUGGGGGUGUCCCCUGUCCCCUGGUGACCCCCCUGGUGACACCCCUGUCCCUUCCCAGGCCUACGUGGUGCUGGGGCAGUUCCUGGUGCUCCGUAAGGACGAGGAGCUGUUCCGGGAGUGGCUGAAGGAAACGUGCGGAGCCAACGCCAAACAGAGCCGGGACUGCUCGGGCUGCCUGAGGGAGUGGUGUGACGCCUUCCUCUGAGCCCCCCUCCCCGGCCACGGGCACCCCCACACCCCCCCCGGGCACCCCAAAAUCCCCCCCGAGCUUCCCCUGUCCCCCCAAACCCUCCCCCCGGCACCACAAACCUCCCCAAAGCCACCUGCAGAACUCCCGGC